UUUCCCCUCCGCGCGCAGAGUUACGCUGCCCGGCGGGCGGCAGCAGCCUGGGGCCCCGGGAGUUGAUUGAAACCCUGCUCGGGUUGAGGCCGGUCGCUCCGGCCCCGCAGGGCAGCAGCGUUCAAAGGGGACCAUUGUAUCCCCAGCCUGGCGCUGCGGCUGGGGCGGGGAGGCGCGCCUGGGGGCGGGGAGGGGCUGUGUGCAGCCGAGCCUGGCCGUGCUUCGCCCGCUGGGGCCACAGGAGCUCCGGGUCCAGACGUGCGCGGGCAGCCAUGGCCGAGAGCGCGGAGAAAGUGCCCAUCGCCCUGGCGGGGCCGGAGGACGUGGAGCGGAGCCUGCCGCCGGCCUACACGGCGGUGCCGGUGAAACCCUCCAGCCCCGGGCGGCUGCUGAAGAUCGGGGCCGUGGUGCUCAUCGCCGGAGCCCUGCUGCUCCUGUGCGGAGCCAUCGGCGCCUUCUACUUCUGGAAGGGGAGCGACCGGCACAUUUACAAUGUCCAUUAUACUAUGAGUAUUAAUGGAAAAUUACAAGAGGGAUCAAUGGAAAUAGAUUCUGGGAACAACCUAGAGACCUUUAAAACUGGAAGUGGAAAUGAAGAGGCUAUAGAAGUUCAUGAUUUCCAGAUAGGCAUAACUGGAAUCCGUUUUGCUGGAGGAGAGAAAUGCUACAUUAAAGCACAAGCUAAAGCUCACAUCCCUGAUGUCAAUGCCAUGACUAAAGAAAGCCUCUCGUUUGAUCUGGAAGAUGAAAUUAUGCCAGUUAAAUUUGAUGAAAAUUCCCUUAUCUGGGUGGCUGCAGAUCAGCCUGUAAAGGAUAACAGCUUCCUAAGUCCCCAAAUUUUAGAGCUUUGUGGCGAUCUUCCUAUUUUCUGGCUUCGACCAACAUAUCCAAAAGACAGCCAGAGAAAGAAGCGCGAAAUCAAGAGAAAAAUACGUCAAGCUCAAUCAAACUUUGAUCUGGACCAAAUUGAAGCUACUGCUGACAUCGUAAAUACCAGGUCACCUACUACCCAGCCUGUUCAAAAACCGGAACGCCAAUCUAACGCCACUGGUCCCAGUGAGCAAGAUUCUAGUUCAACCUUUAAUCCAGAAAAUCCGUAUCAUCAACUUGAAGGCGAAGGGAUGACUUUUGACCCAAUGCUGGACCAUGAAGGUGUGUGCUGUAUUGAAUGUAGACGAAGUUACACACAAUGCCAGAGAAUUUGUGAACCUCUCAUGGGCUAUUACCCAUGGCCCUAUAACUACCAAGGAUGUCGUUCUGCCUGCCGAAUUAUUAUGCCCUGCAGCUGGUGGGUUGCCCGUAUCUUGGGUGUCGUGUGAGAUGGAGCGUUCAGAUCGUUGAUGAAAUAAGCAGGAGCCUGACAAACUGAUAAAAGACUACAGCCAAAGCCGCAUUACCAAUCUCAGCAUUUAAAACAUGUUAAUGUAUCAAAAUGAGGUCAUUCUAGAUGUAAAUAAAUAAAACCUUUAAUUAAUAUUUCAUUAGCUUUACAAAUGCUGAGCAUAACUUGUAUGCUUCUAGCAAACUGUACACUAAAACCUACUGAAUGUGGAAUUUCAGACUCCCCCAAAACAGAUUAUAGUAACUGUGCUUAUGAUUUAGUUGAGCAGUAUAGACACUUGCUUAUAAAUUCAAAUUCAGCAUCUCAUGACAGAGACCUUUGUUCUGAAAUAAAUGUGAAAAUUUACGUCCAAUUAGGUGACUAGCUAAACUUGUGCUCUUGGGAGAACCUUUCAACCAUGUAGCUCACUUAAAUAAAUCACAAGUGAAGUUGCUCCCUGUUGGUGUUCGUACAGCAUUCCCAGAUCAUUAUGAACAGUUCUAGACCAAUUACAGCAUACCUUUCCCACAAAGCUGCCCUGGGGGAUGGAGGAAUAUGCAUAUUAUGUCAGAAUCAAAACAAAUGGCAAGAAAAAGGGGCUGCUGAAUGGAACUUGCAUGGUGAGGAAAUCAAAAUGCUUUGUGCAUCAGCACUUCAGAGUAGCCCUAGUGUCCAAAAUCUUGUAUCACUGGUACUAACAAGUGUCAGCUCUAUAAGACUAUUAGAAGGUAAUUACACAUAGCUGUAGACCAAAUAGCCUUAAGGCACAGUAUAAUCAGAACCCACAACAGCCACUCUACGUCUACAUCCACAAACCAUAAGCAUUCAAGGCCAUGCUGUGAGCCCUUUAUCCCUCCUUGGGGAGCAGUUUCUCACACAAGUAGUUCCAUUGGCUUCAGUGGGACUAGUUAUGCGAGUAACUGCUCGCCACUGGAAAUAAAGGACUCACUGUCUAGCCCUCAGUGUUUAAGCAGGCAGUGAUGGGGCUUGCUCCCGCACAGUGCUAAGCAGCUCCCUAGUGACGUUCCUGGGAGCUGAAGCACUUGCCGGAUGGGUAGUGAUUUAUGCUUUUUACCUUUAAAUAACACCAGGUCAAAUUAUGCCUUCCUUACUCACACUGGGUAGGACUUGAACAGUCCUAUCAAAAUUGAUGGGACUACUCGCAGAGUAAAGUACUCCCUGUCAUGAAGGAGGCCACAAUCUUGCCUUGAAUUCGGAGGCUGAAGUAGUUGUGGUUGCAAAUGCACCUGUUCUGACACAUAGCUAACCUGGUUCUAACACUGCUUGCCAGGAACAGAAGAGGAGGAAUAAUUUGACAUGCUGGUAGGUUAAAAAAAAAAAAAAAUAUUGCAUGAAAAAUAAACAGCCUAUCUAAAAAGCAAAAUGUUAAAUGAGGAAGGUAGAAUGAGUGCAGAAUAAAUUUGAUAUCUUAUUGGCUAUUCAAAUGAUCACUUUUUACAUUAACUUCCCUCCCCGCCUUAGUAUGGGAAAAACAGAACUUUUUAAAACAAAUUCUGCUUUAAAGAUGUAACUGAAGAUUCUUUGAUGUAAUUUUAAGGUCUGUUAAACUUGAGGUUGGCUUUUAAAUCAAGAUUAACCCUGAUCAUUGUGCGUGUUUUAAAAGCACAGCACUUGUACGCUGAGGCAUAAAGGUGAUUUUUCCCCCCUAAAUAAAUAAUUUUUAUUGCAGAUUAAAGAAAGAUGUGUGUAAAAA